AUGGGUCACGUGGCUGCGGCCUGGUGUGUACGUAUGCCACCAAAACCGUUUGAUUCACGUGCAGUCGCCGCGGGUGCUAAUUCGCUUUCACGACAAUCAAGUUCAUCCAGUGACAUUUCUCCUCAGUCUAAGAAAGAGUCGCCACAAGAUGCAAACCUCACUGAUGAAGAUGAAGAUGAUGAAGUGGCCGUUGAGAUAAUAGAUCCAAGAAAGAAACCAGUGAGAUCGGCUGUUGCUGAGUCGCCCAGGGAGUCAUCACAGGAACGGAGGCCUUCGGCUCAAUCACCAGAGAAACAUGAAAAAGCGUCACAACGACCUUCGGUUCAAUCACCACAGAAAAGGGAAGAAGCGUCAUCUCCGAAAGAAAUUCCGCGAUCCACAAAGCAAUAUCCUCUUCAGCAAGUGCCAAUCGAGAAGAAGGUCGAUGAGGAAGAAGUCGAUGUGGAGAUACCGCUGAAGGCUCGGAGAAAGCCAGCUAUCACUCGGGAAAAAGAGCGAGCUAGAGAAGAGCCACCAAAACCGAUACUAUCCUAUAAAAUACAGGAGCGAGCUAGAGAAGAGCCACCAAAACCGGUCCCUCCGAAAAAACCGCCUCCUGCUCGAGAGGUCCAACGUGCUCCAGAACAGCCUUCAAAGCCGAGAGUAGUAUACGAGGACGAAGUUGAAGUGGAGAUACCGCCAAAGAGAGGCAAAUGUCUGUUUGUCUUCACAGCCUUCGCCACAGCACCACCGUCUGUUUGUAGUCAGAAGUCGGAAGUAGGAAGGAUAGACUUAUAG